UGCUCGACACCAGGAUGGAGCUGAGGAAGUGCUGCAACCACCCCGAGCUCAUCAAUGGAGCAGAGGAGAAGAUCCUGUCGGAGCUGCGCGAGGGGCGCCCCCCCGGGGCUCUGCCCCCCGACCUCCAUCUCCAGGCCCUCGUGCGCUCGGCGGGGAAGUUGGUGCUGCUGGACAAGCUGCUGCCCAAACUGCGCCAGGGCGGCCACAAGGUGCUCGUCUUCUCGCAGAUGGUGCGAUGCCUCGACAUCCUCGAGGACUACCUCAUCCACAAGAGGUACCUGUACGAGCGCAUCGACGGGCGCGUGCGGGGGAACCUGCGCCAGGCCGCCAUCGACCGCUUCAGCCGCCCCGACUCCGACCGCUUCGUCUUCCUGCUCUGCACCCGCGCCGGCGGCCUCGGCAUCAACCUCACGGCCGCCGACACCUGCAUCAUCUUCGACUCCGACUGGAACCCCCAGAACGACCUCCAGGCGCAGGCGCGGUGCCACCGCAUCGGGCAGAGCAAGGCGGUGAAGGUCUAUCGGCUCAUCACCCGCAACUCCUACGAGCGCGAGAUGUUCGACAAGGCCUCCCUCAAGCUGGGCCUGGACAAGGCCGUGCUCCAGUCCAUGAGCGGCCGCGAGGGCAGCAUCGCCGGGAUCCAACAGUUCUCCAAGAAGGAGAUCGAGGACCUGCUGCGCAAGGGCGCCUACGCCGCCAUCAUGGACGAGGACGACGAGGGCGCCAAGUUCUGCGAGGAGGACAUCGACCAGAUCCUGCUGCGGAGGACGACCACCAUCACCAUCGAGAGCGAGGGCAAGGGGUCCACCUUCGCCAAGGCGAGCUUCGUGGCGUCGGAGAACCGCCCGGACAUCGCGCUGGACGACCCCAACUUCUGGCAGAAAUGGGCCAAAAAGGCCGACCUGGACCUGGAGCUGCUCAACAGCAAGAACACGCUGGUGAUCGACACGCCGCGGGUGCGGAAGCAGACGCGCCACUUCAGCACCCUGCGCGACGACGACCUGGUCGAGUUCUCCGACCUGGAGAGCGACGACGACCUGGAGCAGCGCCUGGAGCGCGGCGGCGGCAACGCCCGCGGCACCCGCCGGCACCACCAGCACCACCACCACCAACCCCCCCACGGCGGCGCCGCCCCCCAGCAGGGCGGCGGGGGGGGGGGCCCCUACGGCCGCACCGACUGCUUCCGCGUCGAGAAGAGCCUCAUGGUCUACGG